AUGGCUUUAAAGGAUUUUACAGGGGCAUGUCUGCCUCCUACGCCGGCAUCUCUGAAAACUGUUAUCCACUUUGUUAUUUAUGAAAGUAUUAAACGAAGACUGCUGGAAUAUAAAACUGCAACAGCCAUGGAUGAUGAGGAUGAGUCUGUAAAAGAGGCUUCAGAUUUUGUUGGACUAAUGUUGGCAGCAGCAACAUCCAAGACAUGCGCCACCUCUAUAGCAUACCCACACGAGGUUGUACGGACAAGGCUACGCGAGGAGGGCACAAAAUACAGAUCCUUCUUUCAGACACUGUCUCUGGUGGUGAGAGAAGAAGGUUAUGGUUCCUUGUACCGUGGCCUCACAACGCACCUGGUUAGACAAAUUCCCAACACAGCUAUAAUGAUGUCAACCUACGAAGUGGUUGUCUAUUUGCUAAAUGGAUAG